AAUGUGUCAUUUUGCAAUGCGGAGGUGUCAAGUUAAAAAGGUCCGGUUUAGUGAAGCCAAGUAAGCCCGACGGAGAUUUUCUCUUGUAUAAAUUGGCUACCUUUACCACGGAUAGAGAGAGAGCUAUGGCGGAGGAGCACUUCGACGUUCUGACCAAAUCCGGCGAGAAGACCGGCGUAUCCAAACCCAGAAGUGAGAUUCACAGAGAUGGAGAUUACCAUCGUGCAGUUCAUGUCUGGAUCUUUGUGGAGAGUACUCAAGAACUACUUCUCCAACUCCGGUCUGAUGAUAAAGAUUCAUGGCCUGGACAAUGGGACAUCUCAAGUGCUGGUCAUAUAUCUGCCGGUGAUCCAUCGCUUAUAUCGGCCCAGCGAGAGCUCGAGGAAGAGCUAGGCGUCAAACUCCCAAAGGAUGCCUUUGAAAAGAUAUUCGUCUUUCUGCAAGAGUGUGUCAUAAACGAUGGAAAAUUCAUAAAUAAUGAGUUCAACGAUGUAUAUCUUGUUACAAUUCUGGAACCAAUCCCAUUACAAGCCUUUACUCUUCAAAAAGAGGAAGUCUCUGCUGUAAAAUACAUACCUUACAAAGAUUACAGAAACCUUCUAGCUAAGGAAGAUCCUGCUUAUGUGCCAUAUGAUGUAAAUGGAGAGUAUGGGAAACUAUUUGACAUAAUCAGACAGAGGUGCCAAGUGAACACUGAGGCUCGUAGUUUAUUUCUGCAGAAGCAACUCCAGAGAUAUUCUCCUGUCACCCUCGAAGCCAAGUUGACAGAACUUUCUGAGGCAGAUCAGAAAGCGUUGGGUUUGAUCGUGAAGGCUGCAAAAACUAUUGACGAUAUUUUCUAUGAGCAGGUUUGGCACAGCAAUCCAGCUUUAAGAGAUUGGCUGAAGGAGCAUGCCAGUGCAUCAGAACUAGACAAAUUAAAAUGGGAGUACUUCCUGAUCAACAAAAGUCCGUGGUCGUCUCUGGAUGAAAAUGAACCAUUCUUGACUACGGCGGAUUCAGCUGUAAAGUUGGUUCCGGAAGCAACCAAAUCUAUUGCUGGCUGGAAGGGUCUUGAAUAUAGAUCAGCCUUUCCUUUGACUAAACCACCUGGUGCCAAUUUCUAUCCUCCAGAUAUGGAUAAGACGGAGUUCACCUUAUGGCUCAGUAGUCUUACGGAAGAGCAAAAACAUGCUGCGACAGGAUUUUUCAGUAUUAUAAAAAGGCGAAGUGAAGCUAAUCUUGAUGCUUCUCUAUCUGACAAGAUACCAGAUUCUGAUUCCGAUCUAUAUAGUAUUCCAUAUUCAGAGAUAUAUCGACCUUUCCUCACAAAAGCUUCUGAACUUUUGCACAAAGCUGGAGACUUGGUCACUUCACAGAGUUUGAAGAAGCUGCUGCACAGCAAAGCCGAAGCCUUCCUUUCAAAUGACUACUAUGAGUCAGACAUUGCAUGGAUGGACUUGGAUUCAAAGUUGGAUAUUACCAUUGGUCCAUAUGAGACAUACGAAGAUGAAAUUUUUGGUUACAAGGCUUCAUUUGAAGCCUUCAUCGGCAUUCGAGAUGAUAAAGCCACAGCCGAUCUGAAACUCUUUGGUGACAAUCUAAAGCUAUUGGAAGAUAAUCUCCCGCUUGACAGUAUAUACAAAUCAAAAGAUGUAUCUGCUGCUCCUAUUCGGGUCAUCCAGUUAAUUUACAAUUCCGGAGAUGUGAAAGGUCCUCAGACUGUUGCUUACAAUUUGCCCAACGAUGAGAAAAUCGUCAAAGAGAGAGGAACAUCAAUGGUUAUGCUCAAAAACGUUCAAGAAGCAAAGUUUGAACAUAUCCUGAAGCCUAUAGCUGAAAUCAUCAUCAGCAAGGAACAGAGAGGAUUUGUUGAUUUUGAUUCUUUCUUUACUCACACCAUUUGCCAUGAGUGUUGCCAUGGCAUUGGUCCCCAUACCAUAACACUUCCUGAUGGUCAAACCUCUACAGUGAGAAAGGAACUGCAAGAAGUCCAUUCUGCAAUGGAAGAAGCAAAGGCAGAUAUAGUUGGCCUUUGGGCAUUAAAGUUUCUCAUCACCAAGGUCAAUGAUCAAACUUUGCCAGGUUUGCUUUCCAAGAGUAUGGUGGAGAGUAUGUAUGUUUCUUUCCUAGCUGGAUGCUUUCGAUCCAUCCGGUUUGGUCUUACUGAAGCUCAUGGGAAAGGGCAAGCGUUGCAAUUCAACUGGUUGUAUGAGAAAGGAGCCUUUGUUUUUCACAAGGACUCUACAUUCUCGGUUGAUUUUACUAAGGUAGAAGGUGCAGUUGAGAGUUUGAGCCAUGAGAUACUAACCAUCCAAGGAAGAGGUGACAAAAACGCAGCAACAUUGCUUUUGAAUAAGUACUGCACUAUCACAGGGCCAUUGAAGACUGCUUUGGAGAAGCUCGAGAGCGUUAAGGUACCGGUGGAUAUAUCUCCGACAUUUCCAUUAGCAGAUGCAUUGAUGAACUGAGAUCUAUUCGCAGGCAUUGUUUCAGCUUCAGCGAGACCCUAUGGUUUUAUAAUAAGUAAAAAAAUAAAAACUCAGAUAGAUAAUUAACCGUUGAAUGGGUGUUAUGUUUCGACAAUAAAAGUUGCAACUUUUUAGUUCUUGGUUGAUCAGUAGUCUCAAGAACAAUAGCUUCCUCUGAA